GCCCUGGGCGGCACGGCGCGGUGGGGACGAGCUCGGGGCCCGGCGCCUGGCCAGCUGCUGCCUCAGCAUGGAGAGCCCUGCCAGCCCCAGCCCCGGAACGCUGCCCUACUAUGUGGCUUUCUCCCAGCUGCUGGGCCUGACCGUGGUGGCUGUGACUGGUGCUUGGCUCGGUCUGUACCGGGGCGGCAUUGCCUGGGAGAGCGCCCUGCAGUUUAACGUGCACCCCCUGUGCAUGGUCAUAGGUCUGGUCUUCCUGCAGGGAGAUGCCCUGCUGGUUUACCGCGUCUUCAGGAAGGAGGCCAAACGCACCACCAAGGUCCUGCACGGGCUGCUGCACGUCUUCGCUCUCAUCACUGCCCUGGUGGGCCUGGUGGCGGUGUUCGACUACCACAGGAAAAAGGGCUACACUGACCUGUACAGCUUGCAUAGCUGGUGUGGCAUCCUUGUCUUCGUUCUCUACUUUGUGCAGUGGCUGGUGGGCUUUAGCUUCUUCCUGUUCCCUGGCGCUUCGUUCUCCCUGCGGAGCCGCUAUCGCCCCCAGCACAUCUUCUUUGGCGCCUCCAUCUUCCUCCUCUCCGUGGGCACAGCCGUGCUGGGCCUGAAGGAGGCGCUGCUGUUCAAACUCGGGGCCAAGUACAGCACGUUCGAGCCCGAGGGUGUCCUGGCCAACGUUCUGGGCCUGCUGCUGCUCAGCUUUGGCAUGGUCGUGCUCUACAUCUUGACUCGUGCCGACUGGAAGCGCCCCCCGCAGGCUGAAGAACAGGCACUCUCCAUGGACUUCAAGACACUGACAGAGGGUGACAGUCCCAGCUCCCAGUGACAGGCUGCUCUGGUCCUGUGGGGAGGGCGGGCCGCCUGUGGGGCCCCCUGAGGCCCGGUGUCUUUCCUCUUUCGCACAGCUCUGAGGAUUCCCGGCUCCAGGGAGGCUGGCCGGAGUGGGCGGGGAGGUGGGGGCAGUGCGCCUCUCUGAACAGCAAUUUCUAGGCUGCAAGGCUUGGCCGCCUCUGCCCCCGCCUCCUCGCUGCUGCUGUAGUGUCCUGUUAGUCAUGCACAGACCCCUGCCCAUGUUGUCCCUGUCACUCCCUCAAACGGAGCAGCUUUGCAUAGGUGUUUGGGUGGUCGGUCCCGGUCGCAGAAGCUCAGACCCCUAACGGAGUCAGAGAGUGGUCGAGGCAGCGGGUGCUGGGCUGAGUCCAGGGGCUGUGGGAGAAACUGGGGCCCCAGCAACAGGCCUGGCAAAGCCAAAGCUCGCUCUGUGUAACUGAAUUCAAACCAGGAGUUUUGCUAGCCUAGGCGACACGUGGGCCGGCGGGGCCUGGUCUUUGGCAGUGGAGCAAGUGAUAUUAUGUGUAAACUAUGUUGGUGUUCAGAGCGAGGCUCCCCUGGAGAGGGGAGGGGCUGGCCCCUGGGAAGCUCUGGAGAUGUGGCGUUGGCCCAGCUGUGCUCUUGAGCCUGCCCUUUCUUUAACUCUUUGGCCACCGGACCGCUUUGCUGGGAGAGGGGAUGGGCCACAGGACUUCAGACAAACAUGCCCUUAGCAGCCGAGGGCAGCUGGAGAGGGAAGAGACGGCCCCCUGCAUAGGCCGCCGUGGUGGUGGCUUACCUUGCGGCUCAGUCCGUGGUUCCCAUUGUCCCCACUCUCAUGAGCCAGGGCAGGCACUGCCCUGACCAGAGGCUGAGGACACAAAUCUUUUUUAACAUAAAAAGCUGCUACAUUUGCCCCCUUACUCUUUAGAUGGGGAAGGCAGGGGUUGCUUCCUACUUCCGUUUCAGGAGGCCAGCCUCACCCGCUCUUACCUUACAGGGCCCUUCUCUGCAGGACGUUGGGACUGAGUCAGAAUCACAUUAAUCCCCCAACCCCAUACGUGUGUUGUGUUGUUAGCUGAGUCACUGUUUGGCUUCAGUUUAGAAAUAACGUGAUUAGCGCAUUGAUCUUGUGUUUCUUCGACUUGGCGAAUGCUCUUUUCUUGUUUUCCUUGUUUUCUGGGCUUUGAGGAGCAUGACACAGUUCAAGACACACAAUUUAUUUAAAUGAAGAAAUUAGUAACAUUUCCAAACCUGACUAUCACUCAUUUUAAUGGUUGCCUUUUUCACAGCUACGUGCUGCCUUAGAGAAAGGGGCUAGUGUCCUCCACUGCUCAGAUCUGUAAUGCUCAGCAUUUGCCCUGGGUCCUGCUUCAGGCGGAUGCACUUCUCAGCAGGUGGCUGUGGUCCAGCGCCCUCCUCCUUGGGGUACAGGGCUGCCCACCUGCCGCCGGCUUCCCCUGCAGCUUGCCUGGGUGUGGGCAUCGGCUGGGUUAGGCUGUGCGCUCGGCAGGGGCGUCAUUGCUUCUUUCAUCAGCUGGCACACACUGGUGUAGUCAGAUGUUUACAUGUGAGAAAACUCCACCUUACACAAACUACCAAAGUACAAUUGUGGAUCUCCUUUGCCACAAUGCCACACAGAGAAACGGAACCUCAGAUUGGCAAUAAAAGUCUGUCAACUGGUCUGUUUGCCAAAGUGUGUGUUGGAUGAUUCAGCAGCAAAUAAGCCCCCGAAAGCUGAUCCAUGGUGGUUUAUUUUAUUUUGCCUGUGGCCAAUCUUUUGUGAAAUACAAUGUAGUGUUGAUGCAACACAUGACUUAAUAAAUGUC